CCGCACCCUCUCCAUGCCGACCUCGUCGACCGCCUCCUCCUCGCGCGCCUGUCGCUCGCCCCGAGCAACAUGACGGACGACCCGGAGCAGGUGACGGUCAUUGCCGCGCUCCCCGCCGACCAGACCGCGUUCGAGUACCUCGGGUCGUGCUGGAGGCGAGAGCGCCAGGAGCGCGUGCGCGUCAUGGCCAAGAAGGACUCGGACCCGGACGAGGCCAAGAAGCGGUUCGAGGUGCUCGCCCAGGUCAAGGCGCUCCUCGUGUCGUACAUGGGCCUCGUCAUGCAGGACUCGACCAUGUUCCCGCAGGACCACAUCACCGACAAGCCUCUCGGCGCGCUCGAGCUCGAGCCGCUCCUCAUCCCGCCCUCGACCGUCGUCCCCGCGUCGCAGCUCCAAGCCGGCGACGCCGCGUCGCUCCUCACCGACCUCGCCGCGCGCUUCACGCCCUCGCCCGCCAACGACCACGAGUCGGGCCUCGAGCUCAUCCUCGCGCCCUUGUUCGCCAAAUGGAACGCGCACCUCCUCGCGCACAAGCUCGACAUUGGUGGCGGCGGCGGCGCGCCCGGCUCGGUCGGGUACCGCGACAUCCUCGGCGCCGUGCAGAGCCUGAGCGAAGUCAAGGCCGUCGCGGCGUGCUUGCCCACCGUCGACGGGUGGGACGUUGCGACGCUUCCCGGGGCGGCGGCACCCAUGCUCGAGUACCGCAGCUUGCUCGGACCGCUGUUGCGCCUGAGCGCGUUCCCGGACGGGGCGCCCAACCUCCCGCUCGCGUACUUCCCUGAGCCGAGCACGAUGGGCCGCGGCAACAUCGACAGCGCGAGCGCGAGCCUGCGCGGUACCCUGCGUGGGGUCCAGAACACGCUCUUCCGCAUCCUCGACAACAUCGUGCGCUCGUCGCCGACGGCGCGCGCCGCCGUCCUCGACUUUCUCGGCCACGCCGCGCAGCUCAACGCCAAGCGCGCCGCGAUGCGCGUCGACGCGAGCUCGGUCUCGAGCGAGGGCUUUGUCCACAACCUGCACUACGUCCUCCUGAGGUUCGCCGAGCCGUUCAUGGAUGCUGGGUUCUCCAAGAUCGACAAGAUUGACCCGCUGUACUACAAGCACUCUGCGCGCAUCAACGUCAAGGACGACACCAAGAUUAACGCCAACCAGCAGGAGAGCGACGCGUACUACUCGCAGGCGACCAACGAUGCUCCGCUCGCGCCCAACUUCAUCUCCGAGAUCUUCUUCCUGUGCGCCCAGUACCUGCACCUUGGCCCGCUGCACGCCAUCAAGGAGCACAAGGGCAUCGGUCAGCAGGUGUCGCACAUGGUGCGCCAGCUCGCCGACAUGGAGGCCGACUCGACGUGGCGCGGGACGCCGCAAGAGGCUGCGACCCAGGCGAGCCUCGACCGGUACAAGAAGAAGAUCGAGCAGUGGCGCGCGCACCUCCUCGCGUACGAGGUGCAGCUCCUCGACCCCGAGUACCUCGCAAAGUGCGCCAACUUUGGCAGCCUCGUCAUGGCGUGGCUUGUGCGCCUCGUCGACCCGCUCAAGCGCCACCCGCAGACCCGCAUCAGCCUGCCGCUUCCCGACGAGACGCCCGAGGUCUUCCGCAUGCUGCCCGAGUUCCUCAUCGAGGACAUCACCGAGUUCCUCAGCUUCACGUCCAAGUACGCGCCGCAGGUCCUCGAGACGAGCUCGCAGGACGAGCUCAUGAGCUUCAUGCUCGUCUUCCUCUCGACGCCGUACAUGAAGAACCCGUACCUCAAAGGCCAGUUCGUCGAGAUCAUGUACUACCUGACGCGGCCGUCGUACACGGCCCCUCGAGGCUGCCUCGGCGACGUCCUCAACUUUCACUCGCUCGCGCUCAAGAACCUCAUGCCGUGCCUCAUCCACGCCUACAUCGAGAUCGAGGUCACCGGGUCGCACACGCAGUUCUACGACAAGUUCAACAUCCGGUACUACAUCACGCAGCUCUUCAAGCUCGUGUGGAGCAACCCGACGCACCGCGAGUCGCUCAAGCGCGAGAGCCAGGUCAACUUUGACCGCUACGUGCGGUUCGUCAACCUCCUCAUGAACGACACGACCUACCUCCUCGACGACGCGCUCGUCCACCUCGGCAAGAUCAGCGAGACGCAGCGCGCCAUGGACGACACGGCGGCGUGGGCAGCGUUGCCGGCGGCCGAGCGGCAGGAGAAGGAGAAGCUCCUGCGCCAGUACGAGUCGCAGGUCAAGUCGGACCUCGACCUCGGCCACGAGUCGCUGCGGCUCCUCAAGCUCUUCACGCACGAGACCAAGGAGCCGUUCCUCACGCCCGAGAUUGUCGACCGCCUCGCCGCCAUGCUCGACAUGAACCUGUCGGUGCUCGCCGGCCCGAGGUGCCAGGACCUCAAGGUCCGCGACCCGGAGAAGCUCAAGUUCCGGCCAAAGGAGCUCCUCGCCGACGUCCUCGCGUGCUUCCUCGAGCUCGGCCCGCACCUCGAGUUCCAGUCGGCCGUCGCCAAGGACGGGCGCAGCUACUCGCGCGACCUGUUCCAGCGCGCGGGCCGCAUCGCGGCCAAGACGGCGAUCCGCACGCCCGACGAGCUUCAGGCCCUGUCGGCGUUCGUCGACAAGGUCGAGGCGAUCAAGACGGCCGAGGAGGAGGACGAGGCGCUCGGUGACCUCCCCGACGAGUUCCUCGACCCGCUCACGUACGACGUCAUGCGCGACCCGGUCCUGCUCCCGUCGAGCAAGACGAUCGUCGACCGCUCGACGAUCAAGCAGCACUACCUCUCGGACGCGACCGACCCGUUCAACCGCCAGUCCCUCAAGUGGGAGGACAUUGUCGACGCCGUCGAGCUCAAGCAGCAGAUCGACGCCUUCCUCGACGAGCGCAGGAAGCGCAAGGCGGCGGCGGCGGUGGCGGCAGCCGUGAGCAGCGGUGCCGCCGAGGAAGAGAGCGCGAUGCAGGUGGACGAGGCGCAGUGA